UCAGAACUAGAUUGCCAUAUGAGUUCUGAAAAGCGUUUGGCUCCUGAGGAUAACUGCUCUAAAAAUAGAUUUGGAGGAGAGGUUUCUCUUGGGUCCAGUUUCAGGUUCCAGCUGAGCUGGCUUUAGGAAACCUGUUUGCUCCUGUUGCAAACAGGAGGAUAACUGAGGAUAUUUCUUAUUCUGCCUUCAGCAUUAAUUUUUGGAUAUACUGACACACUCGCUCUGUUGGUGGAAAUCGAGCACUAAUGUUAUGGCUGACGACACAGAGACUAAGCAUGGAGGAGGCAAGAAUGGAAAGAAAGAAGGCCUCUCUGGAAGCUCAUUUUUCACCUGGUUUAUGGUAAUUGCUUUGCUGGGAGUUUGGACAUCAGUUGCAGUUGUCUGGUUUGAACUUGUAGAUUAUGAAGAAGUUCUAGCCAAAGCAAAGGAUUUCCGUUAUAACUUGUCAGAGGUCCUACAAGGAAAGCUUGGGAUAUAUGAUGCUGAUGGAGAUGGAGAUUUUGAUGUGGAAGAUGCUAAAGUAUUGCUAGGCCUUAAAGAAAGAUCUGUCCCAGCACAGCCAGCAUCACCAGAAUCUGAGGAGACUGUCCAGCCUGCUGAAAAGUCAUAUGUUGAAUCAGAGCACAAGACUGCUGAUAUAGAAUUGGAAGAGGAAAUUCAAUCUGUUCUUCAUGAAGCUCUCCACUCCCAUCCUGGAGAAAGACAUGAAGAUAUAGAUGAAAGUGUAAGUGACCGGUGGCAAGCAAAGGAAGAAAUACAUGGAGAAACUUUUGAAGCUCCUGCAACAGAUGACAUGCUCAGAGAAUUUGAGACUGAAAUUUCAGAAGCAUAUGAGACACCAGACUCAGUUCAGAAAGAUGCUGAUCCAAUGGUGGAAGAUGUUGGAGUAGUGGAGUCUGAAUCAUAUGAAAUUCCAGCUAUAGAUGAUUAUGUUGCAGAUUUGGAAGAGAGACUAAGCGAUCCAGACACUCCAGGUGACUCUGAGAUAAUGCCAGAAGAUGCUGUGGAACAUUAUGCAGAGGAUAAAGUGCAUGAAGAUUACAGUGAAGACCAAGAACCAAAACAUGAAAAGCAGACUGAGACUCAAGAUACAGAGGAAGUUAAUGAAGAUUUUGAUAUUGCUAAAGACCUCUCAGGAAUAGAAAGUAAGCAAACAGAAGACGAUGUGGCCAUUGAACCAGAGGAAUCAGAAAAACCUGUUAAAGCUGAAGAUUAUUCAGAUGAUGUUCAAGUAGGGAAAAGUGAAAAAGAAACUGAACAAGACAAAACAGAAAAAGCUAAAAAGAAGAAGAAGCCAAAGCUCUUAAACAAGUUUGAUAAGACCAUAAAAGCUGAACUAGAUGCUGCAGAAAAACUACGUAAAAAAGGGAAAGUUGAAGAAGCUCUAAGGGCCUUUGAAGCAUUAGUGAAUCAAUAUCCACAAAGUCCUCGAGCAAGAUACGGGAAAGCACAGUCUGAAGAUGACUUAGCUGAGAAAAUGAGGAGCAAUGAGAUGCUGCAACAAGCUAUCAACACCUAUGAUGAGGUGGUUAGUCUGCCAAAUGUCCCUUCAGACCUGAUAAAACUGAGCUUGAAGCGAGAAGCAGACAGGCAGCAGUUCCUUGGUCGCAUGAGGGGCUCCCUGGUGACUCUACAGAAAUUAGUUCAGCUGUUUCCCAGUGAGACUUCAUUCAAGAAUGACCUUGGUGUUGGUUACCUCUUGAUAGGAGAUAACAGCAAUGCUAAGAAAGUGUAUGAAGAGGUUCUAAGUCUGGCUCCAAAUGAUGGCUUUGCCAAAGUACAUUAUGGCUUCAUCCUGAAGGCAGAAAACAAGAUAGCAGAGAGCAUACCUUAUCUACAGGAAGGACUGGAGUCUGGUGACCCUGGCACAGAUGAUGGACGUUUUUAUUUUCAUCUGGGUGAUGCAUUACAGAGAAUGGGAGACAAAGAGGCAUACAAGUGGUAUGAGCUUGGGUACCAAAGAGGUCACUUUGCAUCAGUUUGGCAGCGCUCCCUCUACAAUGUCAAGGGACUGAAGGCUCAGCCUUGGUGGACAGCAAGGGAAACUGGAUAUACAGAACUGGUGAAGUCCUUAGAGAAAAACUGGAAGCUCAUUCGGGAUGAGGGUCUUGCUGUGAUGGAUAAAAAACGAAGCCUCUUCCUGCCUGAAGAUGAGAACCUACGGGAGAAAGGAGACUGGAGCCAGUUUACCUUAUGGCAACAAGGAAGAAAAAAUGAGAAUGCUUGUAAAAGUGUUCCGAAAACCUGUGCUUUAUUGGAAAGAUUCCCAGAAGCUACUGGCUGCAGAAGAGGGCAGAUCAAAUAUUCUAUCAUGCACCCAGGGACUCAUGUCUGGCCCCACACAGGGCCCACCAAUUGUCGGCUGAGGAUGCAUUUGGGCUUGGUGAUUCCUAAGGAAGGAUGCAGAAUACGCUGUGCCCAGGAGAACAGAUACUGGGAAGAAGGGAAAGUUCUUAUUUUUGAUGACUCCUUUGAACACGAAGUAUGGCAGGAUGCUGAAAGUUACCGCCUGAUAUUCAUCGUGGAUGUGUGGCACCCUGAGUUAACAGCCCAACAGAGACGUACCCUUCCUGCUAUUUAGGGGUUUCUCCUGAUGUGUGGAGCAGAGGAGUAUUAACUCCUUUGGAGUAUGAAAAUGGGAUUAAUUUAUGCAGCAUACAAAGUAUACAAGCAUUUUAAGGGUAAGAAAAGAUAAGGAUGACAUUCAACAAUCAGAGUGGACUUGGUUUAAAAGCAGAAAGAAGCCAUGUUUUGUUUCAUACUGAUACAGCACUGAUGUGUAUUGUUUUUCUGGCUGCAAGUCUGAAAACACAAGUUUUAUCAGUCAAAAAGCAACAGGUCUGGAUUUUCAAGCUGAGGAAUGUGCAGAUGUUUUUGCCAUGCCUGUAUUUUCUAUACAAAACCAGUCGGUCAGUCAGUCACCUGCUUGACUAUGUUUAAGCACCUGAUUUAUGAUUUUACAUCUAGGGAAUACUUCUUGGCCUUCUGUCUGGGAAGCAACAUGUAAGAUAUUUGCAAACAUAUGCACACAACUGACUUUGAAAAUCAGUAUGCAGGUGUAAUGUUAGCUGCUUUAGGCAUAGAACAUGUCCCUAUGUUAUCACUGUAGAUAAUGUGAAUGGAUUAUAUGUGUUUUGUACUUUUUCUACCUGAGUAACUGUAUUUUUCUAGCUUAAUUAUGAACAAAUCUUCUGUAAUUAACCACUAUUUUUUAAAAAGGUGAUAUAUAUACAAAUGUGUCUCUAGCUAUCAGCAGAAGGAAAACACUAUAUAUGAACAAAUUUAAUUUUUGCCAAGUGUGGCCUUCUUUUGCCUUCCUGGAAAUGUAGACAGAAACUUGCAUAAUAGCUGCCUAGUGAAGCUUUGUUCUUCUAAAACAGAAUAGUUCUCUUAGUUAGCAGGUGACCUGCAGUUUGAUAAUGUGAUUUUGGAAAAUGCUGAGCAAAUCUGACAUUUUGAAGUACUUGACCAUUCUUAGGAUUAUAUGAUGAGCUGCUGUUUCUCCUAUCAUUACAAAAGCUUCUGGUGUGAUAUCCUUCACCCACCAAGGGUCUGGGGCCCCUCCUCCCAGGGGUUCCUCCAUGACUGCCCUUGGGUGAUCAUUCAGCAGGAAAAAAAAUGUAUGAAGAAUUUCUUGUGCUUUGGGCAGAGGGACAAGGUCCAGCUUGGCUUCCUGCCGGAAUGCAGAGCAGACAAAGACCUUCAAGUUAUUAUCUUGUAUUAACUUCCACUGCCAGCAUCCUACAGAGUGCUAGAGUGAUCUUCUAAUUGACCUCAAGGCGUUUUCCUUGUCUUGAAAUGAAUGACAUAAUGCUGAAGUAGUCUGAUCCUGGUACUGUUUACAGUGUACUCUGUGUUUGCCAUACAGAAUUUAUUAUAGAUAAGAAGGCCUAUUUUCAAGAAAGAAAACUAGUUAGAUGUUUAAGCAGAUGGCAGAUCUUUUAGGUCUCUACUGUUUAAUGGGAGCUGGAGUGUGCAGGACCCACCACUUUUAACUUCUAAGAACACUAACAGGAGAGAGAGAGCAGAGCUUGCACUGCUGAUGUUUGUGGCUGGCUGUUAUCUCCUCAGCCACAGUGCCAGCUGGGCGUGGACAGGGGUGCUAGGAUGCUCUGGGCAUCAUUUCUGAGGGUUGUGAGUGACAAACACUAAGCAAGAAGGCACUGAGAUGACUUAUGCUCUGCAGCUUUGACUUUCUGGUCCAAAAGACAUGGAACAGUUUUUGUUUGUGUAGUAUUCAGUGGUUUAUUACUGCAGAGUCUACAUCAUGGCAUUGGAGUAUCGUGACCUGAAUGUCACAUUUGCUGAAGCAAACUGCAGAUAAGAGCUUUGCAUUCCCAUAAAGUGAAUGCUUUUCUGAUUCUUGUAUUUUACUAGGUCAUUAAAUCUUCUAAUGCCAUAUAACACAUGGUGACUGCACCAUAAAUUAGUGUGAACAGUUUCUGGAAGUGUGCACUUUAAUUUCCUUUUUUGAAUAUUAAACUGAUAAACCUUGUCUAUUCAAGAGUCACUUUUAGACAGCAAAGAUAAUUAGGUUUUAACGUGUUGUCCAUAUCAAAAAUAAUGAAAUUAUACACAAUGUACCAGAAAGUAACAGUUCUCAGUAAAUAAUAAUGAAAAACUGUUAAGAUUUAUAAGUUUCACAUAAUAGAAAAAUGCUUUUGGAGAUCAUUUGGAGAAUCAUGCAAAACUGGAAAUAAGGUACUUUUUGUGGGGGAUAAAAGAGUAAAAAUAUUUUUUAAUAUCCCAUUAGCUGUCAAGUCAGAGCCUAUAUUUUAUAUCUUUUUGAAGUGAUCAAGCAGUACAAAUUAUAAGAUAAUUCUCUAAAAUAAUGACUGUGUGUAAAAAGAAAAAGAUCAAGAACUUCUUAAACAAAAUUGAUGAUUUAGGAAUAUUUUUAUUAAUGUUGCAUUGUAGUUUCUGUAGCUCAAAGUAAAUGCUAAAGGAGUGGUAAAAGCUUUGGAGCUUUUUUUAUGAAAAUCCAUGCCGUCCUUCAGAUUGCUUCAUUGUUCCUUUUUUAGGCUCAUACUUUAUCUUGUCCAAUUGCAAUUGGCAAAUAGAUAAAAUUGGCAAAUAGAUAAAAGUAAUGUCCCCAAGAUGUGUGUGUGCCAGAGCAGCACUGUUUAUUAGAUUGUGUAGUGAUACAUUAGCCAUUUAAAAAUCUUAAGUGCCUCAAAUAAGACAAGGUGUUCCUGCAACACUGAAGGGAAUCUAUUCUAUGCCCACCUGUCAGGGAGCAGAGAGUGGAUAAUUUUGUUAGGUACAGUUACUGGAUUAGCUCUGUAUGUGGGGAGAAUAUAUAGAGCACAAAUUCUGCAGUGAAUUACUGGCAUAUUGUUUUAGGUGUUCCUGUUUGCCAAGUGAUAUUCUGUCUUGGAAAGGCUUUUCAACAUUGGAAAUGCCAAGGGAGGGAGUGAAGUGUUUUUUUUCAAUGGAAAUUCAUUGCAAUUUGCUUUUUUUUUUUUUUUUUUUUUUGUGUUAGAUUUAUUUACAGAAGGAAAUGGCAGACAAGGGCAAUGUAGUUUGUAACACAGUAUGUACUCAUCACCAUGCUCCUCCCUGCCUGUUGUUACCUUGCUUGCACAGAAUCUGUGUAAGAGUCUACAGUUAAAUGCAGGCUUCAAACAGUUAUAUACAAGGCAUAUGUAUUUAUUCAUAUCACAGUUAAAGAAAGUAAAUCAUUUAUCCUUUGUGAGGUUUGAUCCUCAAGGACUAGAUUUCAGUGGUAUUUGCACUUCUUGGGCAGGACAAGACCCACUUUAAUGAACAGUGAUUGUAACAGAUCAUCACAAAGAUUCAAUGGCAGUGGGGGUAAGUGUAUUAACAGAGAAAAAUUGUAAACCAAAGUAAUUCUUCCUCAAUGCUGCAGUAUAAUAGCAAAUGUCUGUCUUUUUUUGUCUCUUUUGGUUUUUGCUUUCUGCGUUAAGCACGUUCUCUUUGACUAAUCCAAAUGCCUUUUAGUCUCUGUGAGCCCAGGGAAGGGGAAGGAGCUGCUACCAGGCCUUGACAUCCUUGUUUCCUGUAAUAGGUGGUGAUGAUGUCGGGUGGGGGGGGAAUGGAAGAAACCCCAAAGAUAAAUGGGCUCAGUCAUCUUAUUUUUAUAAUGUUCCUGCAAGCUUCUGCUUCUUUUUCUCACUCCUGUGUUGCCUUGCUGGGACCAUCCACAGCCUUAAAAGCUGGCUCUCUGUCAUGGAGGCCAGGCUUUGUGUCAAUGACAUGUUGCUGCAGUAAGAGAUUAGUCUGAGUGAGGUUAUUCUGUACAAAAACUAGGGGGUAAAUCCCAGGUGUGUUGAUAGAAUCUGGCUGGAUGUCCUUUCUGCCCUGUGCAGCCAUAAAAUGUUGUUGUAGAUAAAGGCAGUAUUUUGUUAGUCCAUCUGUUAGAGCUGGCCAUGUCCACUUGAACUGUAUCAUCACUACAGCCUAACACUUGAGAAUUCAGUGGAUGUUCCAGUGCACAUUAAAAACCCUUGUGCCCAUUAUCAUCUCAUUUUCUGUGUAUGGUUUACACUGCUACCUUUGAUAUAUUGUUGCCAACUGCUUGUUCUAGUGAAUUGUCAAUGUAUGGCAAUUUGAUUGAAGAUUUAAAGUGUGUACAGUGAUUGUAACUGUUUUAAAAAAUAAAGUCACUGCACAUGCAAUUUUAUAA